AUGAAUCUGAACGAGAUUCCGUUCGACGUGCCUGUGGUGAUUCAGUCGAUUCGCAUGCAGACAAAUCUGCAGAAUCCGCUAGGGUCCGAUAGCGCUCGUUGUCUGACAGACAAUCGGGACAUCUACGAAGAGGUCAUUCUACACCGAAUCUGCGAUGACAGGAUUGCCAUCCAGUGUGGACACAACGGACGCUUUCUCCAAGUUCGCGCGUCUGGACAUUGCGUAUUUGGCCCUACUGAGCCUGGUGAGUGGGAGCUCUUUACCAUGGAGACGGAUUCAAGCUGCGCCCUCUACUUCGUGUCGUGCCACACGGGCACUGUCCUCCAGUGUGACAACCGAUAUGUUGCUCAGUGUGCCAACCAGCUCCGUCGGAGUCACGAGGCGUGGAGAAUUGUAGAGCCCCGCACCGCUGCUGGCAACAAAGCCCGCACACAGCAAGUGUCGGAACAGUAUCACACCCUAUCAGGCAAAGAGCGCCAGAAUUUGGUCGUGCAGCUUGCUAGAUGCGGGAAAACAGCGGAGGAGAUCAAGGAUAUUGUGACGAGUGUUUUUGAUGUUCCAGCUUCCACUUUGCAGAAGGCGGUGCUGGCCGUUCCACUUCCGAUGGAGUAG